AUGGGUUUUGAUGUAAAAUUAGUCCAAUUUGUUUUGCUUUUUGUAGUUUUUGCUUUAAGUUUUAAGAGUGUCUUGUCAGAUGUUAUAGCAAAAAGUAGUUUACAAAUUUGUGAAAAUACUGGCGAUAGCGAAGAUCCUUUUAACGUGGUGGAUCAGAAAGCUUGUGAGAAGAAACUCAUUGUGACUUUAUCUGUCAGAAGUGGCCAGAAUGGAACAGAGUUCCUCAAGACAGUAACCAACGUCAGCAAGGUUUAUGACCAAACUGAGAAUGAGAUGGCUAGACUGUACAAUCCAUUUGUCAUUACUCUAGCCAAAACUCCCGUGACUCUAACAUAUCCAUACUAUUACCUUGGGACCGUAAACAAUAAACCAAAAGAGGAGGUGGUCAUUCCUAAAGAUAAAGAAUGGCACGCUGCGGGAUCCUACCACGCCUGCAGUGAUGCCUGGGACGAUGACGACGCAGCGUGUGGUUUCGCAAAAGACCAACAAGGCAAACCGAUCUGGGAUAGUCAGGGUUUUUGCUGCCGAUGUACCGAGCAGGAGAAAUGGAGAGGAUCAUUUGAUGAUAAGAACCCUUAUUCUCGUAGUGGUAUCGAUUGUAAACUCUUUGGUACACAAGCGGGUGCUCACUGUAUGAAGUAUGACGAUCUCUGGUACACCGUGAACGAGAUCGGCUUGUGGCAGAUGGAUUUCAGUAUCCACGUGUACGCGUAUGACCAAGUCAUCAAAAAAGUAGGCAACAAGACCAUUACCGAGUGGGUUGACGGUGGGGAGAUCGUUAUUGGUCCUAGCGUUAGGACUGGUAGAGGAAAAUAUGGACGGAUAUACGCUUCAUUCAUCGGUGAAUUCCAAUCCCAUAAACAGUUUCCAGUCCUAUCGACAAGAUAUUUGUUGGUACCAUAUGCGAGUGAUAAGAUCGACCCCAAAACUCAUCCACAGUUUCGGAACGGUGCCCAUGACUACAUGAUCAUUGACAAGCACGAGGUGAAUUACAAAUCGUCAGGACCACAUCAAUGCGAUAAAAUUGGUGUGACAUACUCUGCCUUCCGUGCGCAGGCGCCGAUGGGGUGUAGCCAGAAGCAACAGUCGUGUCUCAAUAAUCAACCAAAGGACUACUUCGAAGAGGACACAAAGCGUCGAGAAAAGGGCCAAACACCACAUUACUUUCCUGAAAAGUUUGGUAAACUUCUAGGAGUUCGCAAGAUGUCGAACACCAACAACUAUGUGCUGACAUACGAGGUGGACGAAGUGAUGACGAGCAUGGUGACGUUACAGAUUAGUGCUGAUGACAUCAUACUUAUAUAUAACAGGGCAACUGGUAGAAUACUCCGAGCUUAUGCGCAAGACUUUCAAGCCUUGUCACGUGAUGGUAAUCUGUAUGUUAUUGUUCAAAAUACCGGGUUGGUUACAGCCGACUUCUAUGUAGUAGUCAAAGACUGUUCAGUUGGAAUCCUGAAUCUCCUCGAGAAAGCUGCCUCGAUCAACCCACAGCAAACACACACAUUCACUUUCAACGUUAAAGCACAGCAGUGGAAAGGAGGAAUCAAUUAUUGCAUCACUCAGCUUUUUGACGCACGACGAAAAUUAAUCGAUUCGUCCAACGUAACAUUCAAGACGACAGAACCAUGUGUUUGUGCAACGAGUUGUGGCUGUAGUUGCUUCAAGGAGGGGUUCAAGUGCGUAGAGCGUGACAUCAAAGGCGCGACAAAAGUCAAACCCGAAGACUCUGGUCUCGACCUAGGCUUCUUUCCCAAACUGUGGAACAAUAUCAAGAACAUUUGGAAGACUAUCGUGUCUGUCUUUGACCUGUUCGCAGGCGCACAGACUUUGAUAAUCCUUAUCAUUAGCUUGCUGUCUUUGGGUGGUUUGAAGGCCUUCCUGGGUAUGAGGAAGAUUGCGGUCUCUCGAUUUGGGAUGGGAGGGGCUAUGGGUAGAAGGAAGAAGCGCAACGCCGCUGGACAGAUUGUCGUUGUGGAAUAUAACGAAAAUGGAGAUGGAAUUGACCCACACACGAAAGAGGUCGUUGAACCCAGAAACAAGAAAAAAGAAAUCCUGUUCAACCUAUUUUUCUUUUUCAUUCUUCCAUUCCUAUUAAUUCGUUAUCUUGUCCAAUACGUGCGUACGCGCAUGCGUAAACCAACUGACGGUAAAGAGGAAGCUAAGCUUGAAGAGGAAGCCAAACUUGAAGAAGACACUGGCGAGGAAUCCGAAGAUACCCUGCAACCUUCUGAGGAUGUCGAUGAGGAGGUUUAUGACGUCGAGAUGUUUACUGCUCCUACUACAAUCGUCUAUCACAAAUACUCUCUAGACGACUACGUGUCCCAGUUCUUAAUCGAACCUGGUGAUCAAUUCUGUUUGGCAGGGAGAGUUACCACUCUCCCUGGUCCGUCACCCAGUCAAUACAGGUUUGACUUGCUUCAGGCAACCCAGAUUUUUCAAGUUCGCAAUGGAAGACGAAGAAGCCUACGUCCUACGCAGUCUCUGGAUCCACAAUACUUCUCUGAGAUUAUGACCCUUGACAGCAUGAGAGACGUUUUGACCCUGGAACCAGCAUAUCCUUGCUUGAAUCUUAAAUAAUUGUCUUUUAAUAGAACAUAUUGAUAAUGCUUCUUA